AUGGACACUAGCGAAGACGACGUGCAGACAACAACCAUUGUGUCCAACUCCCAAUCAAGUUCGGGCCUUUCGAUUUCCAUACAUCCUCUCGUUCUACUCAACAUUUCCGAUCACUACACACGCACCAAGUUGCAGGAACCAGAAUUCGCCAAUGGAGGACGUAUCUAUGGUGCUCUUCUUGCUCAGCAAUCGGGUCGAGAUAUCGAUGUGAUCAACUCGUUUGAAUUGCCAAGACCAAAUAGUAACGGCCAGGUGGAUCGUACUUAUCUUGCCAGCAAGACCGAGCAACUCAAACAAGUGUUUCCAAAUCUUGAUUUUAUGGGAUGGUAUUCGAUUGGCACAGAGCCUAGUGAGCUUGAUCUCAAAUUGCAUGAGCAGUUCCUCCAAGUGAAUGAAUCAGCCAUUUAUCUACAAUUGGAUCCCGCUGGAAACACCAAACAAUUUCCUGUCACCAUCUAUGAAUCAAGUAUGGAUAUGAUCCAAGAACAAGUACGAUUGGUCUUUGUAAAGUCCUCUUACAAGAUUGAAACCAAUGAGGUCGAACGUGUGGCUGUGGAUCAUGUUGCCAAACCAAGUACUACAGGAGCUGACUCGAGUCUUACAAGUGCAUUGGUCUCGCAUCUCACUACACAACGUAACGCCAUCGCUAUGCUGCAUUCUCGCAUCCAGUUUCUGCAUCAAUAUUUGCAAGAUACCAAAGAUGGUAAAAUCCCUAUGGAUCAUGAUAUCAUACGACAAAUCGUCAGCGUAUGUCGACGUGCACCUUUGACAACAAGCCCAGAAUUCGAUGCACAGUUUUCUACAGAAAUGAAUGAUGUGCUUUUAGCAGCGUAUUUGACAACCAUCACCAAAGGAAUGAAUGCAAUGAACGAUCUUGUGGACAAAUUCAAUUUGGCUUAUGGUGCAACACACGCAGCUCCUGCAGGUCCUGGUGCCCAUGAACGCAGUAUGAUGGGAGGAAAAUCAUCCAUGAUGUCCCCAGCCGGUGGUAGGCGACGAGCGCGUAUGCAUCCUUCUCGCACAUGA